CUCCCCCGACUGGUUUGACACAUCGGAGCAGAAGAAAAUCUGCUCUGGAAAUCACAAUAAACCAGAGUCAUUGUGGCGUGAUACUGUGGAGGUUUUACUCUAAACUCUGGAGUUCUGAUCCGUGUUCUGGCUCUCCUGGACGCUGUCAGCAGCAGCACUGUUGGAGCUCAGUGUGGCAGAUCACUGGCGGCCGGUUUGAACCGUGAAUGAAGAAACUGGAAGAAGAUGGCAGCAAAUCUGAGUAAGAACGGCCCCGCACUCAUGGCCGCCUAUGAAGAAGUGGUGGACAGCAAGUCAGAGACAAACUGGGUGCUGUUCACUUAUGAAGGGAACAGCAAUGAUAUCCGUCUGGCGGGAAAAGGAGAUGGUGGAUUAGAGGAGAUGGUGGAGGAGCUGAGCAGCGGGAAGGUGAUGUACGCUUUCUGUCGUGUCCAGGACCCCAACUCUGGUCUGCCCAAAUACGUCCUCAUAAACUGGACCGGUGAAGGUGUGAAGGACUCUCGAAAAGGCCUGAGUGCAAACCACGUGAGCUCAAUGGCCAACUUCCUGAGGGGAGCCCACGUGACCAUAAACGCUCGGGGAGAGGAAGACGUGGAACCGGACGCCGUCCUGGAGAAAGUUGCCAAAGCGUCUGGAGCCAACUUUAAUUUCCACAAACAAACACAAGGAUACAGAGACGCGCCCAGAGGCCCUGUGGGUUCUGUGUAUCGGAAGACCAACGCCUUGGAGGAAAUUCAACUCGUCAAAAAGGACGAGUUCUGGGUCCAAGCUCAGAGGGAUGAAGAAGUUCGCAGACUGGAGGAGAGCAAACGAGCAGAGCAGGAGAGACGAGCGAUGGAGAGGGAGAGGAGGGAGAUGGACGAGAGGCAGGCGAAGGAGAGGGAGAGGAGGACGAAGGAGAGGGCUCAGCAGAUCGAACAGGAGAAGAUUUAUCAGAAGCAGCGAGAAGAAGAGGAAAGAGAGCAAGAGCAGCAGCGGCCGAAGCAGCAGGAAAGCUCGAACAAGAAGACGGGCAUCAACUCUGCAGUGUCAGUGCAGAAAGCUAAUGAGGCCAAGUUGCUGAUUUCUCAGAGAUCAUUUAAUCCCAGAGACGUGUUCAAGCAGAGGGAGCAGAGCUUUGAGGCCAACGGCAGACCCUCCCCGGCUGCGUCCAGACCAGGGAAGCUGCAGAGUCCGUUUCUAUCCCAGAAAUCCUUUGAGAGAGAAACCCCGGAGCGGCCCCAGUAUCAUCCAGCUCCAGCUGCGGUCCCGGCCUCCUCCAUGACACCCCCGUCUCCCGUCUCACCUGCCUCACCUGCCUCGCCCGCCUCACCCGUGCUGUCUUACUCACCUGCUGCACCUGUCUCCGCCGCUCCACCAGAGACAGCAGGCUCACCUGUUCCAGCUGCAGAUGCUGCUUACACUGAAGAGGAGGAAUGGUCAGAUGAGUUUGAUGAAGAUGCAGAUGAAGCUACUCCAGAGGAAACUCCAGCUCAGGACGAUGUGUAUGAAGCACCGCAGCAAGUCGGGACGGAGGAGGACCUGUAUGAAGACGUUUACCAGCACACCCCCACAAAUGAAGACCCCAAUGUGGAGCCCAGUGGACAGGACAUCUGUGCCAGAGCGCUGUAUGACUACCAGGCUGUGGACGACACUGAGAUCACCUUUGACCCUGGCGACAUUGUAACCGGGAUAGAGAUGGUGGAUGAGGGUUGGUGGAGAGGUUACGGACCUGACGGACACUAUGGGAUGUUUCCCGCCAACUAUGUUGAGCUCCUCUAGCUCUUCUUCAUCACUCAGUUCAUGUUUGAAAAGCCCUGAGAUAACAGACAGGAAAUUGAUUAAAAUACUAAAUAUUUCUCUAACGCCAGCUUGUUUGUCGUUGUCAUAUUAAAGGUUUGUCUCUAAUUGUUUACCAUCACUGCAUUAAAAGACUGUUGUAAAAAAUCCCAAUAAACACUGUUACUCCUCAA